AUCUUUGUUUACGUUAUGUAAGAUAACGUAUCUGGGCACACUGGAUUACAUGAAUACCGGAUCCUCCUGGUAGAAUCUUGUCUUCCACCAACAACAGCCAAAGCAGGUUCUGUUUAUUUAUCCUUUGUCGCAUCAUCAUGAGAAGAUUUGUCUAACACUAAUAUCAUAAGAUUUUAUUGAUAUUGAGACGAAACAUUGCUUUUGACUUCUCAACGCGAAACCGCUGUUUUCAUACCCGCCAUCUCUUCAGACCACCAGGUCCGACUCUCACGUUCUCAGAAAGAUUCAAAUUCUUCUGCUAGAACAUCCUUUUUUUAUCUUUGAAACUUUAACGUACGGGUAGUGACAGUUUGUGAUCACUGAGUGUUUGCUUUUAUUGUCUAGUUCUCUUUUGGACUUCUCUUUUUCUUUGUGAUUGAUAUCAAUCUUUGUAAAAGAAAAAAGCCCUUUGGAGAAAGAAAAACAUUCAAAAUAAAGUAUCGAUUGUAGUACCACACUCUGUUUUGCCGAUUUUAUAUCCCCUAGCGUUAUAGAUCUGUUAAAGAAAGAGAAGCUCGGAAUCUGUUUUACUGACUAUGAAAAUUCUUCAAAAGAAAGGCUACAAAGUGGAACGUCCCUUGAACAAGGGGUCCUACGGCACCGUUGUCUUGGCUCAUCGUCUUUUCCGGACUAGUCGCUAUAAAGACGCCAAAUAUGCAAUCAAGUGCAUCAGGAAGCCUUCCCCGAUUUUUCUUGAUGAAGUGAAUAUUCUUCGAGAAUUCUCCCGUUACCGUCAUCGUAACAUUAUUCACUUUGUGGAGUCUUUUGAAGACCAUGUAUAUUAUUACGUUGUACUUGAGUAUUGCCCAUUUGGUGAUUUGUACGAGUGUAUCCUAAACGACGACUUCCCAAAUGCUAAGAAUCAGCCGGAAAUGAUCAAAGAUAUUUUUCUCCAAGUCAUUGAUGGCGUCUCCCAUAUGCAUUCUCUUGGUAUAUAUCAUCGAGAUUUGAAACCAGAAAACUUUCUAUUAUCCCUUUCCGAUGAUGGCAAUGAUCUCGUUGUGAAAAUUAGUGAUUUUGGUCUUGCUUGCAGAGAUACCAUUUCUCAUGAUUAUGGCACCGGCAGUGAUCGUUAUAUGGCUCCAGAGCAAUUUGAAGAUGUCGACGAUAUGGGUUAUAGCCCUCGUGCCGCUGAUAUCUGGGCCAUCGGAAUUUGCCUUUUGAAUCUUAUUUUUGCCCGCAACCCUUUUGCUUAUCCAAAUGAACGGGAUCCUAUUUUUGCAGAUUAUGUACUUGAUCCCAUGACUUUGUUUGAUGUAUUUCCUACUCUUAGUCAGGAUACAUACGAAGUUUUGAGAGCCUGCCUAUGCGUUACACCUGAAAAACGUUCAUUGGAAAAGACUAGGGAAGCUGUAAUAGCGGUUAAUAAUUGGACGACGGAUGGUGAAGAAUUAGAGAGUAUUGUAAACGAGGAUGAUGAUUUUUGCCCCUCGAACUUUUUGUUCGAUGAGAAUAUCGUUCGCUGUACUCAAUCCGAUAGAGAACCUUUACGCACACCUUCUUUAUUAACCCCUGCUGCGACUACGCAACGUGGACUGCUCCCUUCGAAACUUCAACCCCUCUCUGAUUUAGAUGAGAAUGUGUCUGUCACAUCUUCACCCCAGUCUCCUAUUUCACCUGCCGCUGUUAACACGAGCGAUCGUUCAUAUGACUCUGGACUUGGCGAAAGCUUGAAAAAUAUGCAUAUUAGUAAGCCUACUCCUAUGCCUGUCAAUACCAAGCGUUCUCCCUACUCUUGUAGUGCACCAGCCAUCGUCUUUCCUAACAGCAUCAAGGGCAACAAAGAUCAUUUGAAGUUUGGACGUAGUUGGUGUGAUAUGGAUGAAGAAGAAGAAGACAACCUGAGCAUUGGCAGUCAUGACAAUUUUGGAACGCAUGAUGAAUUAAAUGCAAAAGACUUUGGACUUGCUGAUGAUUGGAAUGUGCUUUCACAAUGGAAUGAUAACGCUUAAUUGGAUUAGCUACCCUGAUGUUCAUUGACCUUUAAUUAAGCUGCUAUUGACAAGUCACAAUAAUUUAUUUUCAGCAGUUUGCAUAUGCCAUACUUAAAGGUCUUUCUAAUUAUGUUUACGUUUUAUUUUAGUUGGAAAAUACCUUUAUGUCGUAUUUCGUUCAAUUGAAUUUCAUGAUUCUUUAGUUUCCUUUACAUAUAGAGUUAACAAUUUUACAAAGUUAUUUUGCUUAGAUAUCAAUAAUGUAGCUUUUUGUUUAUUUAUUUUAUUAUAUUUUUAUAUAUUUAUCGAACAUUGAACAAACAAUAAUAGAAAGCUUCGCAUAAAGCCACCA